AUGUCGGGAGGAGAAAGGCAGAUGCAUGGCCUGACGGGCAAGGCGUUAGUAUACUUUACAAGUAUAUUUGUAUCCCUAGGUGUAUUUCUUUUUGGAUAUGAUCAGGGUGUGAUGUCGGGCAUUAUCACCGGCCCUUUCUUCAAAGACUAUUUUAACCAACCCACAAAGGCCGAGGUGGGUACUAUGGUAGCUAUCCUUGAAGUAGGAGCAUUCUUUUCGUCCCUGUGUGUUGGCAGAAUAGGAGACAUAAUUGGGCGAAGGAAGACAAUUCUAUACGGUUCUAUGAUAUUUUUCGUUGGUGGUGCCCUGCAAACCUUUGCCAAUGGAAUGCCAAUGAUGCUGCUGGGUCGAAUUAUUGCUGGUGUUGGUGUUGGUAUGCUCUCAACAAUUGUGCCAGUCUAUCAGUCCGAGAUCUCACCUCCACACAACCGAGGCAAGCUUGCAUGUAUCGAAUUCUCCGGAAACAUUACUGGAUACGCGACCUCCGUUUGGGUGGACUACUUCUGCAGUUACAUCAACAGCAAUUACUCGUGGAGAAUCCCGUUGUUGAUGCAAUGCGUUAUGGGUGCUCUGCUUGGCCUGGGAAGUCUGGUAAUUGUCGAAUCGCCAAGAUGGCUCCUGGACAAUGACCAUGAUGAAGAGGGUAUUGUUGUCAUUGCCAACCUCUAUGGAGGUGGAGAUAUACAUAACGCCAAGGCGAGAGACGAGUACAGAGAAAUUAAGAUGGAUGUCCUGCUUUCAAGACAGGAAGGAGAGAAGUCGUAUUCUGAUAUGUUCCGUCGCUACCGGACUCGAGUCUUCAUUGCAAUGUCCGCCCAAGCCCUUGCGCAACUCAAUGGUAUCAACGUCAUUUCGUACUACGCACCAUUGGUUUUCGAAUCAGCUGGAUGGAUUGGUCGCCAGGCAAUUCUGAUGACUGGAAUCAACGCAAUCACAUAUCUUAUGUCAUCAGUACCACCGUGGUACCUGGUGGAUCGAUGGGGUCGCCGCUUUAUCCUCCUAAGCGGUGCGGUUGCUAUGGCGCUAUCAUUAUCUCUCAUAUCUUACUUCCUCUUCCUGGAUAUUUUGAUGACGCCGACCCUCGUCGUUAUCUUUGUCAUGAUAUACAAUGCCGCCUUUGGAUUUAGUUGGGGACCGAUUCCCUGGCUCUACCCACCAGAGAUUUUACCCCUUAGCAUCAGAUCCAAGGGUACUAGUUUGUCGACUGCAACCAAUUGGGCUUUCAAUUGGCUUGUGGGAGAACUCACGCCAGUGUUGCAGGAAUCCAUUAAAUGGCGUCUAUACCUCGUGCACGCCUUCUUCUGUGUCACGAGUUUCGUUGUCGUAUAUUUCAUCUACCCAGAAACAGCCGGCAUCCGACUAGAGGACAUGGACGUCCUCUUCGGCGACGCCACGACCGCCAUGCCAACCCCGCAAACACGAGCCGAAGCCGGAUCCCUGAUGGGAGCCAGCUCGCCCGUCCCAUCAAUGGAUCUCAGAAGAGGUAUCCAAGGUUCAGGUCCGCCUGGUCUUGGCCCGUCAAACGCGAUCCCAGGUCUUGAUAUCGACCCUCCACACGUCAAUAUCAAGAACGGGAAACCGCAGUAUGCAGACGACGAUUCGACGAAUGAGGGUGUGGGGGGUUGGAUCUCACGGAUGGUGAAGAGGAAUGGGGAGGGCUCGAGUAGGAGUAGUGUUAAGAGUGGGAAGUAUAAGCCUUUGAAUGAUGAUGAAGAGGGUGAGGAGUGA